AUGAGCCAGCUUUGGUAUUGCAAGUUCCGUAUCCACAGCGAUGACAGGGAGCCUCUGGAGCCUGAUAGAAUUCGUGCUAUUCGGGUCGUGCUCCAUGAUGUCGAAUGUAUUGUUCUCGUUUACUUUAACGAUGAACCUCCCGCGGCCACUAGUUUCAGAGUCCAGAGUAAGAUUAGGAGUCCUUGCGAGUUCACUCUCUAG